AUGCGUUUCGCAUUAUUUUUACUAGUGCCAGCACUAGUUCUAGUUGGGAGAUCGACCGCCCACCAAUGCGACAAAGAAACCGAGUGUGGCGAUGACGAGACAUGCUGCAAAUUGGGAGACCAAAUGUGGGGAUGUUGCCCAAUGCCUCAGGCGGUUUGUUGUGAUGACCGUACUCAUUGCUGUCCAUCUGGAACUACUUGUGAUCCCCAAGGUGCCAGAUGCAUCGGAGAGGAUUCCAAUCAUAUUCCAAUGAGAAAAAAGAAGCCAGCAAGAAAGACAGUGGAGAGAAAUGAGUUCAAUGAAGUUCUCUGCCCCGACAAGUCCAGUAAAUGCCCAGACGGUUCGACUUGCUGUCUUCUGGAGCAAGGAACGUAUGGAUGCUGCCCAGUGCCAAAUGCCGUAUGCUGUCCAGACAUGCUCCAUUGCUGUCCAAACGGUUUCCAGUGUCACGGACAGUUUUGUUCUCAAAAUUUCGCCAAAAUCCCACAUCUCCGCAAAUUCGCUUCCACCAACAUCCACCGUAAGCCGGCUAUCGAUUUCUUGCCAGAAGAGGAGGAUCAAGACGAGGAUGGAGAAGUUGUCUCCACUGAAAAUUCUGCUGAAGAAGACGUCGUCGCAAAUUUAGAAGACGUAGAGCCAAUUUCAUGUGGAAUCGGAAAAACUUGUCCGGCAAAAACGACGUGUUGUAAGAUCCGUAACUCUGAAGGGGAGAGGAAGGCAAUGUGUUGUCCAUUGAGCAAUGCGGUCUGCUGUGAGGACACCUGCUGCCCGGGAGGCUAUCACUGUGUAGCUGGUGGAAAAUGCGAGAAGCACGCGAAGACGAUGAGGACUAGAUUCUGGAAUGCGGAGAGAGACAUGGAGGAUGAGGAGAUUUAA